AUGACAAACAGAAGCUUUGAAGUUUCUGACGAAGUAUUUACACCGCGUCCAUAUCAGCUGGAAAUUCUUGAAAAAGCAAAAAAAAGAAAUGUAAUUGUUCAACUUCCAACAGGUUCUGGUAAAACAUACAUUGGAAUUUUAAUGAUAAAAGAAGUUCAAUACACAGUUAGAAAGAGUAUAUCAGAAGGCGGGAAAAGAAUUUUUUUUGUUGUUAAUAAUGUUUGUUUAGUUGAACAACAAGCUAGACAUAUAAAGAAUGAAUGUGAAUUAGUAGUUGGAGAAUUACAUGGUGAAUCAUCAAUCACAGUUCAUGACACUGACAAAAUAAAAACAUUUCUAGAACAACAUCAAGUUAUUGUUCUUACAGCUCAAAUAUUACUUGAUUUAAUUUGUUUUUCGAGAAUAAGUAUGGAAGAUAUAUCAUUACUUAUUUUUGACGAAUGUCAUCAUUCAAUGGGCAAAGCUCACCCAUAUUCAAAUAUUUUAUCUAGAUAUGAUAAGGUGCCAAAUGAGAAAAAACCAGUAAUUCUUGGAUUAACAGCAAGUUUGUUUAAUCAACGUUUAAAAAAAAAUCAAAUUGAAAACUUACUUUUGAAGUUAGAAUAUAAAAUGCAUGCUGAGGUUGUUACAGCUGAUGAUUUUUCUCAAGUAUUAAAAUAUUCUGCUAUACCAAAUAUAAAAUUAAUUGAAUGUUCUGAUUUUAAUGCAGAAAAAUUUGAUAUUGCACAAAAGACAUUAAGUUUUGUAGAUAAACUUAAUGAACUUGUUAGAGAAAUGGAAAAAUUGUUGAAAGAUUCAAGAGAUUUUGAUCCUAGUCAAUUUAUAAAAACUGAUAUAAAUUCUACGAUUGCGAAUUCAAUUUAUGAAAAAUUUAUUGACACUUCAUCUAAAGAUAUUAGGAAGAAAAUAAGCGAAUUUGUAUACAUUACUAAUAAUUUGGGUCCUUUUACUGUUUACAAAAUCUGUGAUUUUUGGACUGGAGAUUUAAAAAAUUAUAAAAAUGAUCAAACAAUUUCUGUUAAAGCUAAUUAUGUAGUGGAAGCAGCAUUUGAUGUAUUUGAUAGUAUUAAAAAAGAGUAUACAAAGAAAUUUUCUACAAUGGUGACGUUUGAAGAAAUUGAACCAUAUCUUUCUAAUAAACUUAAAAAAGUUAUAGAAAUUUUAGAAACAUUUAACAAAAAAUGUAUUGAAGAUCCAAGUGUUUUUCAAAGUAUGUCUUGUAUAAUUUUUGUUGAACGAAGAUCUGCAGCUUAUGCUAUUUUUGAAGUAUUAAAAGAAUUAAAGAAAUUAGAUAAAGCGAGAUUUGGAUUUAUUAAAGCUGAUUAUAUAGUUGGAUAUAAUAACAAUAAAUCAGUAGAAGAAACAACUAUAAGUAGUAAAAUACAAGAUAAGAAACUCCAAAGUUUUCGUCAAGGUUCUUUGAAUGUUCUUGUAUCAACAGACGUUUUGGAAGAAGGAUUUGAUGUAAGACAAUGUAAUUUGGUUAUAAGAUAUAAAUUUCCUAAAAAUUUCCGGUCUUAUGUUCAAGGAAGAGGUCGUGUAAGACAUAAACAGGGUUUAUAUAUAUUGUUAUCAGAUUCUAAAUCACUUGAAGAUGAUAAAGCUGAAUUAAAAAAUUUUGAGGAAUGUGAAACAUUAUUAAUUCAAAGAUUUAGAACACCAAAUAAUUUUGUUGAUAAUAAGAAGAGUAUAAAUUGUCCAGAUUUUUAUGUUGAUUCUCUUUAUGAUUCAUAUGUAGUUGAAAGUACUGGUGCCACAGCAGUUCUAUCCAAUGCUAUAACUAUUAUAAAUAGAUAUUGUCAAAAGUUACCAUGUGAUAAUUUUACAGUUCUAUCACCAUCUCCGGAUAUAAUUGAAAAUGAGGAUGGUACAUAUGAAUGUUCUUUACUACUUCCUGCAAAUUGCCCAUAUCGUAAUAUAAUUCGUUCAAAAAAACCGCUUCCUUCUGCUAAACUUUCUAAAAUGGCAGCUGCAGUUGAAGCAUGUAAAAUUUUACAUCAAAUUAAAGAAUUAAAUGAUAACUUAUUACCAAAUGGUAGAGAAAAAUUAAAACUUAUUGAAACGAAAUUCGAUGAUUAUGAGGAUGAAGUUGAUAUAAAAGAAGUAAUAGUUGGUAGUGCUCAAAGAAAACAAUUAUAUGACAAAAAGUCAUCUAUUUAUUUGUAUGAUAUAUUGCCUUUAGAAAAUGAAGAAUCAUAUUUAUAUAUUUUUGAUAUUGAUCUUAAACAACCAAUUCAUAGUUAUAUGAAUUUAAAAAAUAGAAAAAUUGAUAAUCCUCAAGAUUAUGAAUGUGCAUUUGGAUUUCUAUCAAAAAAAGUUAUUCCAGACAUGCCUUCAUUUCCAAUAUUUUUAAGAUAUGGAUGUGCUGAGGUUACUGUAAAAAAACAUCCUAAAAAAUACUUAAUAUCUCUGGAGAAUUGGGAUAAAGCAAUUAAAUUUCAUGAAUAUAUUUUUUCUGAUAUUCUUAGAGUUACUGAUGUAGCUACUUUUUCAGCUGCUCAGGCUAUUGUUAAAAUUGUAACUUUACCGUUAAAAAAGAUCAAAUUAGAAAGUGACAAUGAAUUUGAUUAUGAGAUUGACUUUAAUUACAUGGAUUAUAUAUUAGAAACACUGGAGGGUAUGUUUAAACCUCCACUUGAAGAAGAUAGGAAAAAAUAUGUAUUCAACGAAAGUCUAUAUGAAAAUGCAAUUGUCUAUCCAUGGUAUCGUUCUGAAGAAAAUAGAAAUUAUUAUAUAAUUGGUGAAAUAAUGCAUGAUGUCAAGCCAAGUAGUGAUUUUCCUGAUAAUAAUUUUAAAACAUUUGAAGAGUAUUUUUUAGAAAAAUAUAAAAUUACUAUUUAUAAUAAGGACCAACCACUUUUAGAUGUUGAUUAUACAAGUAAUAGGUUAAAUUUACUUGUUCCAAAGUAUCCUUCUAAAUCGUCAAGACCACUUAAAAAUUCAAGGAGUUCUCAACGUCAAAUAUUAGUUCCAGAAUUAGUUUCAAUACAUCCUAUUAAGUCAACUCAUUGGUCUAUUAUUGGGGCACUUCCUUCAAUAUUUUAUCGAUAUAAUUGUCUUUUAAUGGCAAAUGAAUUGAGAGAAACUAUUGUUAAGAAUGCUUUAGGAAAAACCAAUGUAUAUAGAGGACCAUUUGAACCAUUAUCAUAUAAAACAUGUUUAGAAAAAGAUUUAAAAGAUGAAAAAAAUUUAAAUGAAAUUAUUGAAGAGGAAACUGAUCAAGUUGAAGAAGAUAUAACAGAUUUUGAAAUUGGUGUUUGGGAUCCUCAAUAUAUUGAUACAUUUGAUAUUUUAAAACCGGUUAAAGAGAUACCAGAUCAAUUAAAUAAUGAUGUACAGUGUCUUAAAGCAUCAUAUCCUGAUGAUGAAAAAAUGGAAUCAGAUAUUGAUGAUAUAGAUGAAGAAAAAAUGGGAACAUUUAAAUUUUUAUCAGUAGAUGAACGUCCUGAAAUCAAACCAGUAACUGAAUCAUCUUUUACUUUACAAAAAUUGGAAAGUUUAAGUGGAUGGGAUGAUCCAUGUAUAGAUAAUCAAGAAAUUAAAAGUGUUCUACAUAUUUCAGAUGUAGAUGCAAGUAUUGAUAAGAAGGCUCUUGUAAGAGAUAUGAAUGAUGUAAAUGAAUUAGAAGAAACAGAAUAUCUUGAUGAAAAAUUUUCAACAUAUCCUAUAAAAAAGAAGCAUCUUGUUGAUAUUGAAAAAAAAUUUGUUGACUUAAGAGAAUAUGAACAAUCUGAAUCUCCACCACCAAUUACCAAAGAUGACUUUAAUAUUCAUAUGAAAUUAGAUGAAUUUGAAGAUUUAGGACAAAAUUGGAAAACAAUAGUUAGAGAUAAUUAUGAACUUUUAAUUGAACAACCAGUUAUGCCAUAUAAAUUAGACGAUGAGGGUAUUGAUACUGAUGAUCUUUAUUCUAAAGGAGUUAAUCCAGCGAUCCUACUUUGCGCUUUGACAUCACGUGGAGCAAAUGAUGGUAUAGAUUUGGAACGAUUAGAAACAAUUGGUGAUUCUUUCCUUAAAUUUGCCACAACCGAUUAUUUAUAUCAUAAGCAUGUAAAUGCACAUGAAGGGUGUUUGAGUCUUUUAAGAAGUAAAGAAGUAUCAAAUAUGAAACUUUAUUUUCUUGGAAAAAAAAGAAAUAUUCAUAAUAUAAUAAUUAAUGAUAAGUUUGAACCACAUACAAAUUGGAUUCCUCCAGGUUAUGUUGUAUCUAGUGAAUUUAAACCUAAUUAUGUCCAACAAAAUGCUGAUAAAGAAGAUAAAGAUGCUGAAGCUAUUCUAAAUUGUGAUUUCGAAUCUGAUGAUAAAUUAUCUGAACUUUGUAGUGAAAUGGAAGAAGGAAAAAAUUUAAAAAAAAGUAAUUCUGAAUUUAAAUUUAAAAAAGUUCGUCAGUUUAAUGAGCUAUCAAAUAUUGUUUACAAUCCUUAUCUCCAACAACAAAUAUGUGAUAAGACAAUAGCAGAUGUUGUUGAAGCUUUAAUUGGUUGUCAUCUAAUUCAUAUUGGUUUUGAUGGAACUCUUAAAUUUAUGCAGUGGAUGGGAAUUAGUGUCUUUUCACAUCAUUAUGAGGCUGUAGAGAUUGAUCCGAUGAUAAAAAUAUUAGAUUUUCCACAAAAUCCCAACAAAUCGAUGCAAUGUUUGUACGGUUUUUACAAAAAAAAUUUAUUUGAUAUUUUUGAACAAAAAAUUGGGUACAUUUUUAAGAAUAAAGCAUAUCUUAUUCAAGCUUUUUCACAUGCUAGUUAUUAUAUCAAUAGAGUAACAAGUUGUUAUCAAAGGCUUGAAUUUUUAGGUGAUGCUGUUUUAGAUUUCGUCAUCACAAGAUAUUUAUUUUCUCAUGAAGCCAGUUUUAAUCCAGGAACAUUGACAGAUUUAAGAAGUGCCUUAGUUAAUAAUACAAUGUUAGCUUCUGUUGCAGUUGAUCAUGAUUUUCAUAAAUACCUUAUGGAAUUUAGUCCUAAAUUACAUGAAGUUGUUAGAAAAUUUGUUACAUUUAUUAAAAGUCACGAAAAUGAAUUGAUAAAUCUUGAUUCAGAUCUUUUUAUGGUUAAUGAAGAUGAAGAAGAUUGUGAUGGUACUGAGGAUGUAGAGGUUCCAAAGGCUCUUGGAGAUAUAUUCGAGUCAUUUGUUGGAGCUGUCUAUUUAGAUUCAGGAAGAAAUCUUAAUGUAGUUUGGGCUUUGAUUUACAAAAUGAUGAAACCACACUUAGAAAGAUAUACUAAAGAACCUCCAAUUAGUCCAAUUCGUGAGUUAACUGAAAGUUAUCCAGACAAAGUGCAAUUCUCUAAGGUGGAAAGAGAUCCCAAUACUCAAAGAGUUAAAGUUUAUGUUGAAGUUUCAGGAACUAAGAUAACAGGAGGUGGUAGAAAUUUUAAAAUUGCUAAGUGCAAUGCUGCUAAACGUGCUCUUAAGUACAUUAAACAGUUAGAAAAAGAACGUGCUAAAAAUCAAAAUAUUUUAUAA